AUGUCAAAUUUAUUCUGGUUAGGCCUUUCUGAGCAGAAAGUGAAGGAAACUGAAAAGAAUGUGGCUCUGUCAAAGCAGUUACUGGAAAUCAUAGCCAUCGCAGAGGAUGAGCUGACCACUAUUGGCAAAUCGAAGAUGGAUCUAACAAGAGUGCAGGUAUCCGAUGUUAUCAAUAAGUACAAAGAACGUUUGCUAACUGAUCGGUACACUUUUAAUGUGGGAAAAUUGCUAGGUGAAGUUCGAUCUUCGCUGCCAUGGGCUGACGGGGCGUACGUGAAGAAAGAGGUUGACCUUCAGCUUCUCGAAGUUUUGGAAAGCGAAGGAAGUGCAUCGAUUGAAGAACUCAUGCGCACACGUGCCCGUUUCCAUGAGGUAGUCGAAUUUGCUAACAUUCAUGGCUUCAGAACUGUUAUCGUGGGCAUGAAUUAUACUACGGAUGGUUACAUAUCUACACCUCAUACGAAGGAAUUAUUACGCAAACACGUUGAGGCAACUGGUGGAAAGGUCAUCACAAGAUUUCCUCCAGAACCGAAUGGUGUUCUUCACAUUGGGCACGCAAAGGCUAUCAACAUCAAUUUCGGGUAUGCCAAGGCUCAUGGAGGUUUAUGCAAUUUACGAUUUGACGAUACAAAUCCUGAGAAAGAAGAAGAAAAAUUCUUUAAAGCUAUUGAGAACAUCGUUAAUUGGUUAGGUUGGUCAGCCAUAUUGUCUUCUUAUUGGGCUGUGGAGUUGAUCAAAAAAGGCAAAGCAUAUGUUUGCCACCAACGAGUGGAAGAGAUUCGAGGUUUUGAUGUGCAGCCAUCUCCAUGGCGGACUCGGCCGAUUGAGGAAUCUCUGCAGCUAUUCCAAGAUAUGAAGAACGGAAAAUUCGAUGAGGGUGAAGCCACUUUGCGAUUAAACCUUACUCUUGAAGAAGGUAAAAUUGAUCCUGUGGCAUACCGCAUCAAGUACGUCCCACAUCCUAGGACGGGAGAUAAGUGGUGCAUUUACCCAACAUACGACUAUUCUCAUUGUCUAUGCGACUCAAUUGAAAAUAUCACCCACUCACUUUGUACGAAGGAAUUCCAGUCAAGACGAAGUUCUUACUAUGCGCUUUGCAACAUGUUGGAUGUUUAUUGUCCGGUACAGUGGGAGUAUGGCAGGCUAAACGUAAACUACACCGUGGUAUCGAAGCGAAAGAUAAUGAAGCUCAUAGAUUCCGGAAUUGUUAGGGACUGGGAUGAUCCGCGAUUAUUUACCCUUACGGCAUUGCGCCGUCGUGGAAUCCCAGCUGAGGCGAUCAACACUUUUGUAGCAAAGUUGGGACUGACAACGACACAAAUGGUUAUCGAUCCUCAUGUGCUGGAUGCUACUGUCCGGGAUUAUCUCAAUACAAGAGCUCCAAGAAGUGGAACUGAUAUAGUACCACUAUAA